AAACUUAUCUCGACCUGCGAAGCGCCUCCCCGCGAUUCGGCGACUGCGCUGACACCAGAAAACUCACAAAGCCCAGAAAGUUUAAUUAUCGCGCGAGACAAGCAGCCAACCAGCAGCCUCGACCCCAGCCUUGCCCAUCCUGCCGAGGCGGUGGGCGUUACAUCGCGUGUAUCCGGACUCAACACCGCGCUGGAAACCUCCUUCGUCCGGUGAAGCUGUACCCAGCAAGCAUGUCGGCAGCAGCGACGCCAUACGCGACUGCUUCGGCACGAGCCUCUGUUCCGCCCCCGGGUUCAACCACACCGGCCCACCCGCCGCCCGCGUCCGCAACUACACCGGUACCCCCUGCACCCUCUGCCUUUGACGUCCUCCCCGACCUCCACAAGCUCCUCAAGCGCAUCCUGGAGACGUCUGCGCAGCCCCCCGCCGCGACUCCGACUCCCGCGCAGCCUUCAGCAGACGGCCCGCUCGAGAUCCAGCAUGUUGCGACUGCCGCAAACGACAUCCGUCUGAAGAUACAAAAGGCACGGCGCGCCGUCAUGUCGCUGCCCGACAUUGAUCGCUCGCUCCAAGACCAGCAAGACGAGAUUGAGGACCUCGAGGCGCGCAUCGCACAGCUCAGGGCUUCGUUAAGGGAGCUCGGCCAGUCGGCUGCUCCCGUAGAGGACGGAGACGGAGACCAGAGUAUGGCUGGUUGAGAUGCCGCCAGGACUACGAUUGAUCCAUUCUAGGACGCAUGUCUGUUGACUGCAUGGAUGUGCGCGAUCUAGCACUUGCCCUGGGAUCGAGGUGCUAUGUGGACAUGGGCAUACAUGACUUGCGUUAUAGUGCUUGGACUGACGCGCCACCUAGACAAGGCAUUUCGUCUGCCUAACGUCGUUCAUGACCUGCAUAUAAUACGACAGUCGGCAGGGCAUCGCCGAAGCUGCGUCGAGCAUAUGCAAGAUUAAAGACACUGCAUAUCAUUUCGCGCGAACAGCGAGUAGUCUCACCCAGACUCCACCCAAGUCUUGAAUCCUAGCCAGUUUUCUGAAAGGUGGACUGGCAACUAGACG